GCUCAGCAUUGGAAUACCCAGUGAGUCCACGAUUCAAUUUCACACAAAAUGUUAAAAUUCAAGUUAAUCUGAUAAUCAAACCACAUUAAGAAAGUGAAAACGCUUACAUUAAAGCACGGUGUUAAAUGCAAAGUGAAGUGAACCAAAAUGCCAUACUCAGAAUCUCAGUCAGAUGUAGAUAACGAACAAAAGUGCAGCUCAAAUAAGAUCAAGCGAAACAUUCAACAAAAUAUGGCCGAUAAAAGUAAUGCUACGACGAAACAGAUACAGCUGUCGCAUAUUAAAAGAAGACCUAGUGCCAAUAGUGCUUUCAACGAUAACAGCAGCCAGUUUAGUGAUGCAUGUAGUUUUCGAAAGAGUAAAAAUAACAGAACAAAUGGUUCUGUAUCACCAUCCACGAUUGAGUCUUCUGGAAGUUCCUGCAGUGAUGGCGACUCUUCGUCCUCGUCGUAUGGAGAUACAAAUCUACCAUUUCCAGGAUUUGUACAAUUUUCUCUCAAGUAUCUCAGUCAAGAAACGAAACCUAGAAUUUGGUGUUUGCGGCUUAUAACAAAUCCAUGGUUUGAGCGUGUGUCAAUGUUAGUUAUUCUUUUGAAUUGUGUUACACUCGGAAUGUAUCAACCAUGCGUAGAUGAUGCUUGUGUCACCAACAGAUGCAAAAUUCUACAGAUUUUUGACGAUAUCAUUUUUGCCUUUUUUUCCCUGGAAAUGACAAUCAAAAUUGUUGCAAUGGGAGCAUAUGGAAAAGGAACGUAUUUGGCAGAUUCCUGGAAUAGACUUGACUUUUUCAUUGUUCUGGCAGGAGCUUUGGAGUAUUGUUUGCAAGUAGAAAAUUUAAAUCUCACUGCUAUAAGAACAAUUCGUGUACUGCGUCCAUUGAGAGCUAUAAAUCGAAUCCCGAGUAUGAGAAUUCUUGUGAUGCUUUUAUUGGACACAUUGCCAAUGUUGGGAAAUGUGCUUUUGUUAUGCUUUUUUGUAUUUUUUAUUUUUGGAAUUGUCGGUGUCCAACUAUGGGAAGGUAUACUCCGUCAACGUUGUGUGAUCAAACUACCAGACAAUGUUUCUGCACCAAGGGCUAUUCCAGAUGAAUACCGAGUUCGCGUUCGCGUUAAUUCCAUAUCAUUUUACUAUGAAUUUUCAAAAGAACAAGAUUACAUUUGUUCAAAACCGGAAGACUCUGGGAUGCAUUUAUGUAACAACUUGCCUCCUUAUAGAAUUGGUCCACUGCUAUGUAAUGAUUCUGCGAUUCCUUUCUCCGAAAAUUUACCCACGCGUAAAUCGUGUGUUAAUUGGAAUCAGUACUACACUAAUUGUACCCAGCUGGGCAACAACCCAUUUCAAGGCACUAUAUCAUUUGAUAACAUUGGACUAGCGUGGGUUGCAAUAUUUUUGGUAAUAUCACUUGAAGGUUGGACAGAUAUAAUGUACUAUGUACAAGACGCCCAUUCGUUUUGGGAUUGGAUUUAUUUCGUUCUUCUCAUUGUGAUCGGCUCAUUCUUCAUGAUCAAUUUGUGUUUAGUUGUUAUAGCAACCCAGUUUUCAGAAACCAAAAAACGUGAGAUGGAAAGAAUGCGACAAGAGCGGGCCAGAUUUACCUCCACUUCGACUCUUGCAUCCAGCACGAAUAAUUCUGAGCCCACAACGUGUUACGCUGAAAUAGUGAAAUACAUCGCUCAUCUUUACCGGCGGUUCAAACGACGCAUUAUUAAGAAGUUACGAUUGUAUAAAUAUCAAUUCCAGAACAGAAAAGAAGGCUUACUUCCUCAAACUCCGGAGACCCUUACGCUAUCACCAAAUAGAAUAAAGGCACAUCACCCGAAAUGUCCUCGACAACUGUCUUCUCCGAGUAAACAAGUUCUAAAAACCCUGAAUGAUAGUGUAACAAACUUGAAAUCAAGAAUUCCAUUAAAUGUGUCCAGCACCAUAGGAAGCGACAAACAACUAUCAUCACCAGACGUUUCGGAACUUGUGUCGGUGGAAAACAUGAAAAAUAACGCCCUAAAUAAUUGUUCCAGUUAUUCGCAAGUAGAAGAUAAACAAAAAGUAGUAUUGCUAAAAGUUCCGAAUCAUGAAAAUAAUCAAGCUGCUUCUAAUUCAUUGAAUCCACCUACAACAGGAAGAAGAAAAUCAUCUGUUAUGUUCAAUGAAUGUGGUGUGCUGCAGACACCUCCAACUAUUCCCGAACCUGCAUCCGACAAAAAUGUUUACUGCUUGGAAAAAAUGACCCAAACAAGUGAUGGCGGCAUAUGGCAGGUUAGUUUGCCACAGUCGAUUCACGCAAUGACAUCCGCGUUAAAUGAUUGUUCGGAUAUUUGUUUGACUGACGCAAUGACAUGCCAAGAGCUGUUGGCAUUUUCUGUUGCAUUCUCUGCAGCAUUGCCAACUGGUCAUACCACUUUGGAAUCAUUCUACUCGACACUUACAAGAAAUCGAACAGAGGAAAUAAACAACAAAAACAAAGAUAUCAAGCAAACACCACAGUCCGCUCAGAAAUAUAAGUCCGAUGUGAUGAACAAAUCGAUAGCCAGUGAUGCUAAGGGAAUGACUCAGACUAUCGCUUCGAACAUAAAUAACAUAAACAAUGAAGAGUUCUCAUGUUGCUACGAGCUAUAUCAAAACGCAGCAUCAAUGAACGACAGACACAAAGAUCACUCAAAACCAUACUUAUGUUUGACAAGAUCGUAUAGAUUGAUCAAGAGAAGUCUGCAUUAUGUUCGAGUCAUAAUUAAAAAAAUCGUCGAUCACAAAUACUUUCAGCAAGGAAUACUACUCGCUAUUUUAAUUAAUACCUUAUCAAUGGGAAUCGAAUAUCACGAUCAACCUGAAGAGUUAACAGCGAUUGUCGAAACAAGUAAUAUUGUUUUUUCAGUCAUUUUCGCCUUCGAAAUGGUGCUGAAGAUAGUGGCAGAAGGUCCAUUUGGGUAUGUUGCAAAUGGAUUCAAUGUAUUUGAUGGAGUGAUCGUAAUUUUAAGCGUUGUUGAACUUGGUCAAGCCUAUUUAGGAGAAGGUCAGGGCAAUUCUGGUUUAAGUGUGCUACGAACUUUCAGAUUGUUGAGAAUACUCAAACUAGUACGAUUCAUGCCCAACCUAAGAAGACAGUUAUUUGUCAUGCUGAGGACCAUGGAUAAUGUGGCUAUAUUUUUUUCCUUGUUGAUACUCUUCAUAUUCAUAUUCAGCAUACUUGGCAUGUAUUUGUUCGGAGGUAAGUUUUGUAAAUUUGUCGAUGAAUCUGGACAAGAAAGGGAAUGUACUUGUCCUGAAAUUGUCUCCAAGCAUCCCCUGUGUGAAUGUGACCGAAAGCAUUUCAACAACUUUCUGUGGGCCACUGUAACCGUGUUCCAAAUCCUCACACAAGAAGAUUGGAAUGUGGUUUUAUUUAAUGGUAUGGAAAAAACAAGUCAUUGGGCUGCGUUAUAUUUCGUAACACUGAUGACAUUUGGAAAUUACGUUCUAUUCAAUCUCUUGGUUGCUAUACUUGUCGAAGGAUUUAGUUCAGAGCGUCACGAACGUCGAGAGCGCGAGCAACGAGAAUUGGUUAAGGCAAAACUAAAUGCUGAAGCGGCAGCACAGGAGCAGGGAAGUGAAAUUUUUGAUGAUCCGAAAAGUUUUUCAGAGUCUACAACCAGCGAUAGUUACAAUGAGACCAAAGGAAAAUGGUUCAGUGCAGAAGAGCUAAGAAAGAUAAGAGAUAUUAAGUGCAAUAUACAAAAACAACGCUUGCUACAACCCGGUUACGACGAUAUAAACUUAUCAAUACCUAAGCUGAAUGCUGACAAAGAUGCCAUCAAAUCGAUUGAUUUAUAUUCGGUGAAAAAGAAUAAGUGUGAUAUUCUGAAAUUGUCCAAUCUCCAAUUUAUCGAGCCUCCAAUCAUCACGACUACUGCCGCUACACCUCUGGAUUCACCUACUACCACGCAUGGCUCUAGUAGAGGCUUUAAAGACUGGGACAACCUUGAUUUUGAGCAAUUGGAAAAACACAACUCUGCUCUACUCAAGCCACCACCAGUACUUGGCUCGUUGAAGGCUCUGGAUGAUCGGUCGUAUUUUGAGGGAACGCCGAUUCUGAACGAAAUUAGAAGAAACUCGGAAAAAUCGAGCAGUAACGCCUGCGAGGCAAGACUAUCGGGUAGUCGUCUUCAUUUGAGCAAUCAGACCGAUUCAAAUCAAAAAAGAAAGUCCAGUUUGAAAAAUCGCAAGAUUACAAAGGAAGAAGAAAUUUUGAACAACGGGAAGCAAGUGCCGUGUGUCAGAGGACAAACCUUGCGGGAAUUGCGAAAAAAUGAUUCCUUAUAUCAAAAAAGCUACGUAAUCCAAAACGAUACACAACGUGACAAAAAUCAAUCAUCUAGAAGAAGUUCGAUAAGAAGGUCAUCCUCCGUGAAAAUCGACAGUGGCCCAGGCAGUAUUGCUAGCAACAUAAGUGCAGCAUCGUACUCGAAAUAUAAGUACAACGACAAAAACAAAUACUACAUUGAUCGAAAAAGUUCGCUGCGAUUGUGCGACAUAAAAUCCCCAAACAAUGCAAGACGAAUGUCUGCCAUUGAGCAAUCGUUUCAAAAACAAUCGCGCAUAAGCACUCGAAAUUUGGAAAUCAGCAAAAUUCACGAAGAGCUCACAAAAAACAAAAUAAAUAAUACUACUUCAACAGCAUCGACUUUAGCUCCAGCGUCCGACAGCUUGAACGUAAAGUGCAAAAAGAAGUCCAAAGGCCGUUUGAAGCAAUUCUUUCGAUACAUCACUCCAAAUAAUUUCGUUGAGGAACGCGAUGCAUAUACAUUGUACCUUUUCCCAAAAAAUAACAGGUUUCGCCAAGUAUGCGUAUGGUUCGUCGAGCAAAAAUGGUUUGAUAAUGUUAUUUUGCUGUUCAUUGCAUUGAAUUGCAUUACGUUGGCCAUGGAAAGGCCGAAUAUUCCGCCAAAUUGUAAUGAACGCUACUUUCUAGCAACAGCAAAUUAUGUUUUUACUGUAGUUUUUGCAAUUGAAAUGUUCGUCAAGGUGGUUGCAACGGGCAUGUUUUACGGGCCAGAUGCGUACUUUACAUCGGGUUGGAAUAUCAUGGAUGGAGCUUUAGUAACAAUUUCCAUAAUCGAUUUGUUAAUGUCAGUCAUAAGUGAAUCCAGUCCUAGGAUAUUUGGAAUUUUAAGGGUUUUCAGACUUUUGAGAUCUCUGAGGCCGUUGCGUGUCAUCAACAGAGCUCCCGGAUUAAAACUCGUUGUUCAAACUCUGCUGUCUUCAUUGAGACCGAUUGGAAACAUUGUUUUGAUUUGUUGUACCUUCUUCAUCAUAUUUGGAAUUUUGGGUGUUCAGUUGUUCAAAGGAACAUUUUAUUACUGCGAAGGAGAAAAUAUCAAAGGCGUUAAAAAUAAAACCGAUUGCAAAAGUAUAGAAGGAAAUGUAUGGAUAAACAGAAAGUACAAUUUUGAUGAUCUUGGCAAAGCGUUGAUGUCCUUGUUCGUAUUGUCAUCUAGAGAUGGAUGGGUCAAUAUCAUGUAUACCGGACUAGAUGCUGUUGGCGUCGACCAACAGCCCAUAGUCAACUUCAACGAGUGGCGCUUGUUGUACUUUAUUGCAUUCAUAUUGUUAGUAGGAUUCUUCGUGUUGAACAUGUUUGUUGGAGUAGUUGUUGAGAAUUUCCAUAGAUGCAGAGAAGAGCAGGAAAAAGAGGAAAAAAUUAGACGAGCGGCCAAACGUGCCCUUCAAAUGGAGAAAAAAAGAAGGCGAAUGCACGAGCCACCGUACUACACGAACUAUUCGCCGUUAAGAUUAUUUGUGCAUAAUGUUGUGACUUCGAAAUAUUUCGACCUGGCCAUUGCAGCGGUGAUAGGACUAAACGUGGUGACGAUGGCCAUGGAAUACUAUAUGAUGCCGCUAGCAUUGGAAUAUGCUCUUAAAAUUUUCAACUACUUUUUCACUGCGGUAUUCAUUCUGGAAGCCAUAAUGAAGCUUGUGGCUUUGGGAUUAAAAAUUUACAUGAAAGACAAGUGGAAUCAGUUGGAUGUAGCAAUUGUAAUACUUUCAAUUGUGGGAAUUGUCUUGGAAGAAUUGGAGACCAACAUAAUUCCCAUCAAUCCAACUAUCAUACGAGUCAUGCGAGUUUUGAGAAUAGCCAGAGUGCUAAAGCUUCUGAAAAUGGCAAAAGGAAUACGAGCGUUACUGGACACUGUGAUGCAAGCAUUACCUCAGGUUGGAAAUCUCGGACUUUUAUUUUUCUUGCUAUUCUUUAUUUUUGCUGCGCUGGGCGUCGAGCUGUUUGGUCGCUUAGAAUGCUCGGAAGAAGUUCCAUGCCAAGGUUUGGGUGAACAUGCUCAUUUUGCAAAUUUCGGUAUGGCAUUCCUUACAUUGUUUCGAGUGGCCACAGGGGACAAUUGGAACGGCAUCAUGAAGGACACACUGAGAGACGAUUGCGAUGACGCUGCUGAUUGUGUGAAGAAUUGCUGUGUUAGUACGAUAAUUGCUCCAAUAUUUUUUGUAAUUUUUGUAUUGAUGGCACAAUUUGUACUGGUCAAUGUGGUAGUUGCCGUCUUGAUGAAGCAUUUGGAGGAAAGUCACAAGCAACAGGAAGAUGAACAAGAAAUAGAAACUGAGCUAGAACGAGAAUUCGAGAGAGAGCAAGAAUUUGAAGAAGAACAGGCACUUUGCAUGCAGCUAAACGAUGAUCAAAAACAAUUGCAAAAACGACCUUUGACUAAAGUUUCGUCAUUACCAUCAAACUUUACGUACAGUACACCUAUAAUGGAUAAAAAAUUGAACAUUCAGCGUCGUCAAACCAUACAAUAUUUUAAUCAUAAUCUGGGAGUUUCCAUUUGUAAUUCGUACACCAACAGUAAUUCAUACGAUGAAACAGCAGAAAACAAUAUUUCCAAUGACGAUGACGAAUCGCCAAGCUCUACCAACAACACAUCUAACGACAAAAAUGCAAAUAAUAAAAUCCACAUCGAUAAAUCAUUGUUUAACAAAAAUCUUGAGAAAAGGGCGUCGGUCGAUGGAUGUAAAAAGCAAAACAAAAAUAUUGACCAUUUUAUCAAUCAAGAUAAGACAACUGCUAAUAACUGGGUGGAAAGUUCAAAUCAACAGCCGACCUCAGAUUUUGAGAGCAGCUUUAAAUUGUCCUGCCCUACAAUAGUAUCGGCUAACAAAAGCACAUCAAAGAAAUACCGUCAAUUAAGCCUCGACUGUGAACUAAAGUCAAAUUUUAUUCAAGACAUGGCUGCAAACAAUGGUUCCCAUAAUGCAGAUACCAAUAGUUCCCAGAGUGUUAUACCAACGAAUAAGUCAUUUUUGUCAGUACCAAAACUGCAACCAAAAAGUCGUUCAGGAAGCACGAAACAACUGUUCAAGCAAGUAGCUCUCGACGAAGACAAUGAAACUAACGAAAAUUCGUUACUAUUACCAACCCUAUCAAACUCAGCUGCCUUAGAUCAUUCUUUUAAUCUGUUGAAUGUGCAAAACGAAAACGUUGACAUAAAUGGAAUCGUGAAAAAAUCUGAAUCUUGUGAAAUUCUUCGAAUUAUUUCUGAGCGUAGAAAGGUGUAAUUUAAAUAUCAAAUUUGGCAAAAAAUACUGUUAGGAAAAAUAACAUGUGAUGUAUUGUUCUAUUGUAGCAGAUCUCUAAAUAUUUCGUUACAAUGCGUUAUAUUCUUAAAUCAAUUGUUUAUCGCGUAAUUUCUAUGCUAACACAAGGCCUGAACUCAACAAGUUAAUCUAGUAAUAUGAUCUAAUUGUGUGGUAUAACUUGAUUGAAAAAAGUGAUAGGAUUUCUAGAAAGCAUAACUAUACAAUGGUAAAUAAGCCACAUCUCCAAUAGCAGAGAGCAAAGGAAUUUGUCUUAAAAUAUUAAGAUUUGUAAGGAAGAUGUCAUAUGAAACCUAUAAUUUAUUUGUCAAAUUAGGUUACAUGUCAAUCAUCAUUUCUCUCUAAAACACCAAAAAAAGCAAAAUUAUUCGAUAUUACAGUAAAAUCAAACAAAACCCAUUUUGAUGUCCCGGAAAGAUUAAAAAAAUGUUCAUUUUUUUUAAAGCAAGAGCAAAAAAAAAACGUUACUUAAUC